CAGCACGACGCAUAUGACGCCCUCGUGUGGAGAGAGUAGAUGUUCCGCAUAAUCGUACAAUAGACACACUAAAAUAUGAGUUUAUCUGCUUGUCCCGCUUUGUCUGUUCUUGAUUGUUUGAUUUUGGUCAUUAGUCUUUUUUUCUUUAAACGGACGUCGAAUUGUGGAAAAGUGUAACGUUCUUUUCAACCUGUGAGUAAACGGUCCUAUAGUGACCUCUAGUGACUGAUUUGUGAAGUUCCCAUUGAAUCAGAGAUUCCGGACAGUGCUGUUGUUUGUUUGCGGGCUUUAUGAUGCUCAGAUUAUUCCGCAUUCGGACACUGUCGUCUGCGACUUUUCCCACGACUUCGAGUCUGCUCAGUGCAGCUUUCUUUAAAAAACACACUCCCCCGAGUGUCACUCUGUCUAAGAGGCGGGACUGUGGAGACACACCUGUACACACCGACAGCUACUGUAGUCGUCACUGCACUGCGUCCCGGGCCAGCUUCAGGACUUCUCAGGUAGUGUGUUUCAGUAUGGCCUCCGGAAGCGAUGGAAGAAAGACACCAAAACGCACAAAUCGCCUGAGCAAAGAGAAAUCCCCAUACCUCCAGCAGCAUGCCCACAACCCUGUGGACUGGUUUCCCUGGGGUCAGGAGGCAUUUGACAAAGCAAAACGUGAAGAUAAACCCAUAUUUUUAUCAGUGGGCUACUCUACUUGUCACUGGUGUCACGUGAUGGAGAGAGAGUCAUUUGAAGACGAGGAGAUUGGCAAGAUCCUCAGUGAUAAUUUUGUCUGUAUAAAAGUUGACAGGGAGGAGAGACCUGAUGUUGACAAAGUCUACAUGACAUUUGUACAGGCAACUACUGAAGGCGGUGGCUGGCCAAUGAGUGUUUGGCUUACUCCAGAUCUGAGACCGUUUAUUGGAGCUACAUAUUUCCCUCCAAGAGACCUGGGGAGGAGACCUGGAUUUAAAACUGUGCUUUUGCGUAUAUUGGAGCAGUGGAAGAUUAACAGAGAAGCGCUUGAAUCCGGUGGGGAACGCGUGAUGGAUGCUCUGCGGAAGGCCACAACCAUUUCUGCUCACUCAGAAGAAACUCUACCCUCAGCUAAAGAUGUGUCUCACAGAUGUUUCCAACAGCUGGCCCAGACAUAUGAGGAUUCAAAUGAUGCACCCAAGUUCCCUACGCCAGUAAACCUGAUGUUCCUGAUGUCAUACUGGUCUGCAAAUCGUGGUUCCACAGAAGGAUUGGAGGCACUGCAGAUCACCCUUCACACCCUCAGAAUGAUGGCUUUAGGGGGAAUUCAUGACCACAUAGGUCAGGGUUUUCAUAGGUACUCUACAGACUCAUCUUGGCAUGUGCCCCACUUUGAGAAGAUGCUGUAUGAUCAGGCGCAGCUGGCAGUGGCUUACAUCACUGCGUAUCAGGUGUCUGGCGAGCGUCUGUUUGCAGAUGUGUCCCGCGACGUGUUGCACUACGUCUCCAGAGACCUUAGCCAUCAGUCUGGUGGCUUUUACAGCGCUGAGGAUGCAGACUCUCUGCCCACAGCUAAGUCCAGCGAGAAGAAAGAGGGGGCAUUCUGUGUGUGGACAGCUGCAGAGAUCAGGAAGCUGCUCUCAAACACGGUGGAGGAGGCUAAGGGACGUGCAACACAAGCUGACAUCUUUAUGCAUCAUUACGGUGUUAAAGAACAAGGCAAUGUCCAGCCAGAGCAGGAUCCACAUGGAGAGCUGCAGGGUCAGAAUGUGCUGAUCGUGCGUUAUUCAGUGGAGCUCACUGCUGCGCACUUUGGCCUGAGUGUGAAUAAGCUGACUGAAGUGCUUACCAGUGCCAGGGCCAGACUGGCUGAUGUGCGCAGAGCACGGCCUCCACCUCACCGGGACACUAAGAUGCUGGCCUCAUGGAAUGGGCUGAUGCUGUCAGGAUUUGCCCGUGUGGGGGCAGUAUUAGGAGACCAGAUUCUGCUUCAGAGAGCAGAACAGACUGCACAGUUUCUUCAAGAGCACCUGUGGGAUGAGGAAGGACAGCGCAUGCUGCGCUUGUGUUACCGAGGUGACAACAUGGAGGUCGUGCAAACUGACUCACCCAUUGCUGGGUUCCUAGAUGAUUAUGCUUUUGUGGUGAGCGGCCUCCUGGACUUGUUUGAAGCUACACAUUCAGUUCGGUGGCUUCAGUGGGCUGAGAAACUACAGGAAAUGCAGGACCAGCUUUUCUGGGAUGCCCAGGGAAGUGGCUACUUUUGUAGUGACCCCUCAGACCCCACUAUACUGCUGUCUCUUAAACAGGAUCAGGAUGGUGCAGAACCCAGUGCAAACUCUGUCUCCGCAAUGAACCUGCUGCGCCUCUCACACCUGACGGGUAAACAAGAAUGGAUGCAGCGCUCUCAGCAACUGCUGACUGCCUUCUCAGAUAGGCUAUUGAAGGUGCCUCUUGUCCUGCCUGAGAUGGUCCGUGGCCUUAUGGCACAUCAGAAUGCGUUUAAACAGAUAAUCAUCUGUGGCCAGCCUGAUGCAGAGGACACAGCCAAUCUUAUUGCAUGUGUCAACUCCCUAUUUCUUCCCUAUAAAGUUCUGAUACUGGCAGAUGGGAAUACAGAAGGGAUCCUUUACAAGAAAUUGCCUGUCCUCACCUCAUUGAUUCAGCAAGAGGGUAAAGCUACUGCAUACGUGUGCAAGGACUUUACCUGUGCCUUGCCCGUCACAUGCCCACAGGAGCUCAGGAGACUCCUGCUAGAGUAAGGACUGAUCUUACUAAAGUGGCAUUAUAGGUUGUUGUAUUCUUUAAGUACUGUACAUGUGUUGACAGAACUGCUCUGUAUUGCCUUCGCACGCUCAAAACAUACCCUAUAGCCAAGAAUUUGCAAGAAAAUUCAAUAACCAAACCUGUUAAAUGCCACAGGGAAUAUACAGUAUCAGCUGAAUGCACUUAAUAAACCAGCAUGUUUUCCAUCAACCAGUCUAUACAAUUAAAGUGAUCCAGCUUUGGUUCAAUCCCAUCCUGCUCUUCCACAUUAGAUUAUAAGACCAAUAUUUAAAGCAAGCAAUGUUUAAACUAAGCUCUAGCUUGAAACAAUACUGAAAACUCUGACUUGAGUAGCAUUCUUCUAACAUGCAGUCUCUCUUAGUGUGUGUCUGCUGCUUAUUAUCUAUUGAUGGAUAGAAUUUAACAUGAAGACAUUCUCUUAGUAUGGGUGGGAUUCAUAAUUUAAACGAUGCCUGAGGAAUGUAACUCGCAUUACUCUGAUACAGCUCCAGUUUCUUUGCACUGACGCAAGCAUUGUGUAAUAUGGAAAGUCAAAAUUAAGUCGUUUGUUCAAUCUCAUUCUUUCUCAAUAUUAAGGCCAUUCGGAAAUCUCAUAAUUUCUCUCAUCUGAUGUCUCUGAUCUGGACUUCAUGUGGUUAAAUAUGAGCUUAGGGCUUUAGUGUGAUGUGAAUGGCAGACGGCAACACAGCUGCGAGGAAACAAAUGGAAACAAAUGUAAGAAAAUAGAAAACAAUGAAUAAAACUCUGGCAUUAGGUCUAUGCUACAAUUUUUUCUCCAUAGAAACCGAACAAGAUGCAGGCAAAAAAAAUAAAAUCUGUCCUACCCAUGAAUAAUAGCAAAGAGAGUAGAACCAGACAAAUAUGCCAUCAGUAGGCGCUGAUUGUCACUGCCAACUCCUUCCCUGGCAUCCCAGGAUCCGCUGGGAGCCACGUUUUCCAGUAAAUGUGAACUGGCAAGCAAGCUUUUACAAAGAAAGCAGGUAAGGAGGGGCUGUGUUCUAGUUCUGUCCUGUCCUCUCUUCAGUCAGUCCUCAUCAAUAGUCUGUACAGCUCAGCUUUACUCAAAUCUUCUGCAUUUGCUUCUAGCACAACUCCUCAGCCGGUCAGAUAAAGUACACUGCUGCAUUUCCAUUGAAGCCUCAUCUUUUAAAAAAUAUAAAGCAUUGAAAAUUUCACUCUCAGUAUAUUGCACAGAAGAUAAAGAGACAUAGGUUUCACAGUGGCGUAAUGGUUAACAUUCUGGCCUCAGGUUGAGGGUUUGAGUCCCUGCUUUGGGUCUGUGCGUGUUGAGUUUUCAUGUUCUCCCCAUGGUUGGUGGGUUUCCUCAGAUUUUUUAGCCCAUAGUCCAAAGAUAUGCAGAGCAGUCUAAUUGGUCUUUCCAAAUUGAUUCUAGUAUUUUAAGUGUGGUUGUGUGACCUGCAGUGAUCUGACACUCCAUCCAAGGUGUACCCUGGAAAGUGCACUAAGUUCCCUGGGAUAGCUUCCCACGACCCAGACAGGAUGAGUGUUAUAGAGAAUGAGAGUGAGAGAUAUAGGGGACAUAGACCAGACUAAUAAUAAUAAUAGUAGUAGCUUUUUUCUCAAAGUAAUAAACUGUUUUUUUAUAUAAAGCACCAGGUUCACCAUUUUACUAAUACAUUGCAUGAAAACAAGCAUCCAGUACAGGUCAAAUGUUUAGACAAGAUUUAUUUAGAUUUUUUUUUUUUUUUUUACAUUUUUUUAACAUGCUGAAUCAUAUAUUUAAUUUGUACAUUCAAUGACAAUACUAGAGAUUUUAAAACUAUGAAAUAAUGCAUAUGGAUUUACAUAAUUUAGUAACAACAACAAUAACAUUCAGUUGUUAUUUUAAGAACGAGGGUCAGCUGUUCUGGAAUAGUUCUGGAAAAGAACAGUAUUGUCAAGUGCAUUUGCCAAACCCAUAAAGCACCAUGAUGAAACUAGCUCUCACGAAGACCAUCCCAAGAAAGAAAGACCACAACUUACCUCUUCUCAGAAGAGACGUUCAUUUAGAGUUACCAGCCUCAAAAAUCACCAGUUUACUCAACCUUGGGUUAGAGCCAUUAUGAAGAUUCUACAUUCUUUGUAGCAGACACAUCUCAACAUCAAUUGUUCUCUGGAGAUCAUUGCAUGUAUUGGAUUUAGCAUUGUUUUACAAUGAUUUUUUUUUUAAUCCGGAAAGACUGUGGAAUUAUAUAUCAUUUGAAAUAUAGUAUGCACAUUUUGGACAUUGUUUUCUCAAAUAUACUGUAAUGCUCAAACAAUCAGUCUUCUGUUAGUCAUGUUUUUAUUCAGGUUUAAUAUAGUAAUCUAUUUCUAUCACGACUCAUCUGAACGCUUCCCACGCUGUCCUGGGAAGAAGCACAACAAUAAUUCUUCCAACUUAUAGUGAGUGUAACCAGAAAGAGAUAGUAAUAAUAGCCACCACUUUAGUUUCUGUGUUAAGCUUAGCUUUCAAAUAGUGCAUUCACCUUAUUUAUUGAAUGAAGAUAAACAAAAAUCCUGGAUAUACAGUAGUUUUGAUAGGUAAAGAAUUUGGAUUUUAGUUAUAUAAUUUAGUUACAUUUUCUGUAACUGAUGCUUUACCGGUUUGCUUCUUUACAUUUGGUGACUUGCUGUGAACACAUUUCUGCUAACAACACUGUACUUUACCUUGUUUUUCUUCCUUUUUUUAAUCCAGGGUUGUACAUACUGUACUGUAGUUAACUACUUUGAGCUGCACAGUAACACUGAAAUAAAGGAUUGUGUAUGGCAUUUACAGAGCUGACAAACAAA